GUGUUACCACUUGAAGGAAUCUUCUUCAUGCUUAUUAUUCUGUUCAUCGACUUCAACGCUAUUCGGUCGUUGCGAAGUUCCAUUACAUUGGUGUACGUCGAUCCGUUAGACAGCAUGCAUCCAAACGAUGAAACGGAAGAUUCCGACGUGAUGGCGGAAAAACGACGAAUACUCAACGACGAAGUGAACGAAGACGUGCUUGUAGUGAAAGAUCUUACGAAAAUAUUUAAAGUUCCAGGUCGUCGAAGAUUUGCUGCAGUGGAUCACAUCAGCUUGGGAAUACCUUUAGGUGAAUGCUCGGUCUCCUGGGAGUCAAUGGCGCGGGAAAACUACAACGUUUAA